AUGGCCACCACGGCUCUCCUUGUCUGCGACAUCCAGAACGGCAUCGUUGAACGGCUCAAAAGCCAGGAUACGGAAUCAUUCCUCCGGCGCCUGUCCCAGACAAUCGAAGCAGCACGCAAGAUUGGCCUCAACGUCAUCUAUGUGAGGGUGGCUUUCCGGCCUGGAUUCCCCGAGGCCUCGCCACGAAACGCAUCGCUUGCCCGGGUGAGAGCCCACGGCGGGUUCGUGGAGGGCGACACGUCGACGGACAUUCACGCUGCAGUGGCGCCGCAGGAGGGCGACAUCCUGGUCACCAAGCGGCGGGUGUCUGCUCUCCACGGCACAGAUCUGGAUCUGAUCCUCCGCAGCCUGGAUGUCAAGACACUGGUCAUCAGCGGCCUGAGCACGAGCGGCGUGGUCAUGUCGACGGUCCGGCAAGGCGCGGACAUGGAUUACAAGCUUGUGGUGUUGGAGGAUCUUUGCUGGGACACGGAGCAGGACGUGCACGAUGCGGCAUUGAAGGUGAUUGCGAAGCAGGCCCAGGUUGUCCGGUCGGUGGACUGGAUUGCGAAGCUGCAGUGA